AUGUCGUUCGCGCCGCGGAGCGUCGCCGCGGAGCUGCGCGAGCGCGUUUCGCGCGUCCGCGAGAAACGCGCGGGCGCGGCGUCGAGAGCGCACGAGCGAUGGCGGCCGUGGGACGAGAGCGCGUGCCCCGUCCCGUGGUCGUUCGCGGGCGCGCCGCGCGCGAGCAUCGAUCUCGACGGGCGCGCGGGGAAGUGGCGGUGCGGCGACCUCGUCUUCCGCGCGGACUUCGACGGCGGCAACCUCGCGAAGGUGGCGCGCGCGAGGGAUAACUGCUACCACGUGUGGACGCGACCGGACUGCGACGGGACGCCGCACGAGACGAGACACCGGACGUGGUUCCACUUCAGCGUCGAGGGCGACGGCGCGCGGAGGGGAGAGACCGUAACGUUCACGAUCAUGAAUCUGAACAAGCAAGGCAAGCUCUUCAACAACGGGUUCCGACCGGUGUACAGGACGCACCCCGCGAUGAAAGCGUACGAACGCGUCACCGAGCCGUGCAAGACGCACGUCACGGACGACGGCGCGUUCAAGGUGACGUUCAAGCACCGGUUCGAGAAGGACCUGACGGCGCCGGGUGAGAAGGUGUUUUUCGCCUUCACCUACCCGUUCGGCGCGUACGACUGCGAAGCGAUGUUGGACGCGAUAGACGCGAGGUUUGAGGACCCGACGCACGGGGAGGCGUUACGGGAGGUGAUAACGUACGGCCGCGAGACGUUAGCGACGUCCUUGGACGGGAGGAAAGUCGAGAUGAUAACCAUCACGGGAAAAGAAGUUCGCGGCGGCGACGGCGGCGGCGGCGGCGGCGGCGGCGGCGGCGGGGACGAGGCGAACGAAAACGAGACCCCCCCCGAGCCCGACGCUCCCGGGGACGUCGCGGGCACGAGCGUGGACGCCCCGGGGCUGAUCCACCGAAUGUCCAAGACCUCGAUCGCGAACUUCCCCGGACGUAACUCUCGAGGGAAGAAAGUCUUCGUCGUCAGCGCCGGCGUCCACCCCGGCGAGAAACCCGGCUUCCACAUGAUGUGCGGCGUCGUCGAGUUUUUACUCCGCGUCGACGACCCCCGCGCCGCCGCCGCGCGCGACGCCUACGUCUUCAAUAUCAUCCCGUGUCUGAACCCCGACGGCGCGUUCCGAGGGCACUACCGGUGCGACACCCUGGGCCAGAACCUGAACCGGUGCUACGACGCGCCCGACGCCGCGAAGCAGCCGGCGAUACACGCGGCGCGGCGGCUGCUGGCGGCGCACGCCGAACGCGACGAGCUCGGGUUUUACGUGGACCUCCACGGGCACGUGAACAAGCGCGGGUGCUUCGCGUUCGGGAAUAGCCUGGAGGGGCGCGACGCGGUCGAGGCGCGGGCGUGGGCGCGGCUCGUCGCGCUGAACACGCCGCACUUUGACUUCAACGCGUGCGAUUUCAGCGAGAAAAACGCGCGGAUGAAAAACGGCGGCGAGGGCGGAUCCAAGGAGGGCUCCGGCCGCGUCGCGAUGCAUCGCGCGACGGGCCUGCCGCACUUGUACGUCGUCGAGGCGAACUAUGACGCGUCGAGACUGCUGUCGCACGUGCCCCCGGCGUCGAACGACCCGGACGGACGCGCGUCGCCGCCGUCGAGAGCGCUGCGUCCGGUCAAGUACACGCCCGGGACGUUUCACGGCGUCGGCCGCGCGCUGGUCGUCGCCGCGUUGGAUCUGCUCGGGCGAAAUCCGAUGUCGCGCGUCCCGGCGUCUGAGUUCAAGUCGAUGGACGGUCUGCGGCGGUGGGCGUCCGCGCACUGUCGCGUCGAUCGGGGGGGGGGGGACGUCGCGGUGCGCGCGAAGGAGAGGGAGAGGACGGGCGGGUGGCCUGCGCGACGGGCGUUAGAGUUGAAAUAG